AUGUCGGUCUUUGAUACACUCAUUGUGCUUGCGUUUCUGGCCCUGGCACAUCUUACCAACGCAGAGAGGGUGCUAGGGGCUUAUGUUUUCCAGCGUCAUGGGGAUCGCACAGCUAAAUCCUGGCCACCUACGAAUUUGACAAAUCUGGGGUACAAUCAAGAGUAUAUGACCGGUACCUUUUUCCACAACCGUUAUAUCUCAUCCAACUCAUCCUUUCAAAUUGAGGGUAUUAGUACCGAGAAGGUCAACUUGAAACAAGUCACGGCUAGUGCGCCGCAGGAUGAUGUUAUCGAAAAUUCAGGAGAGGGAUUCCUGCAGGGCCUCUAUCCUCCCAUUGGUUCUGCCGCCACAGAAACUCUGCGCAACGGUUCAACAAUUGAAUCUCCAAUGAACGGCUACCAGCUGAUCCCAAUGUCCGAUGUACAGUCCGGCAGCGGGAGUGAGGACAACUCGUGGCUUCAGAGCACAUCGUCCUGCAACAAAGCUGAGCUCAGCAGUGAUAAUUACUACUCCUCAAGCUCCUAUGAGGACUUGUUAUCAUCCACCAAGAGCCUUUACCAGUCUCUUGAACCGCUGAUAAAUGGAACGUUCAACUCUACCGAACUGAGCUACGAGAAUGCAUACACUAUCUGGGAUUUAAUUCAUGUGGCUUUGAUUCACAACUCCACCACGACCUUCCCGUCAUCCGACCUUCUCACGGAUCAAACAGUUCAAGAGCUUCUUGUUCUCGCCAACGAGCAUGAGUUCAACUUGGCCUACAACAGUUCUGAUACGAUUCGUGCUGUCGCUGGGAUGACUCUUGCUGGCGAAGUCCUUGCAGCCCUCAAUGAAACAAUCACAUCCGGCGGUAAAUCCAAACUGAAUGUUCAGUUUGGUGCUUACGCGCCAUUCCUUUCUUAUUUCGGUCUGGCUGGGCUUACAUCUGUGAAUGCGAACUUUACUGGUAUUCCCGACUACGCUUCAUCAAUGGCAUGGGAGCUGGUGACGAACGACACCAGCACCGGGAUUCCCUCGACAUCAGAUAUAAGUGUGCGUUUCCUGUUCCAUAAUGGAUCUGCGAUCGAUGGCUCAGAACAGCUGCAAACAUACCCACUUUUCGGACAGUCCACACUUGAGCUCCCCUGGGCGCAGUUCGUCGACAAGUCAAAUGAAUUUUCUAUCACAUCGCAGGAGCAAUGGUGCUCGUCAUGUGGGAAUACCACUGGAAUGUGCUCUUCGACGUCCGACAACACCGGCUCGGGUUCAUCUUCCGGCUCCUCUGGAUCAACUACAGGCAGUGGAAUGAGCUUAGGAGUAGCAGGUGUCAUAGGUGCAAUGGUGACUUUGGGUGUCCUUGCGGGGUUGUUCGUGCUUAGCAUGCUCAUAUUUGGCCUGCGAUUCGUACCCAAGAGUGCGCUUGCCCGUGCUAAAAGAGGCUCGGAUACCUCUGUAACACCAAUUGUGAAAGAAAGUGCCGCGUAG